AUGUCUUUGCUGGCUUGGAAUUGUCGCGGGGCGGCAAAGAAAAGGUUUUUGGGAACCUUAACUAGUAUGAUCCGAAAACACAGAAUAGAUUUGACUGCUAUUUUUGAACCUAGAAUAAGUGGUGCGAAAGCUCAAAAGAUUAUUAAAAGAACAGGGUAUAACAACUGUAUUGUGGAAGAAGCUCAAGGUUUCAUGGGAGGGAUCUGGGUUUUGUGGAACAAGGAGUUCUGUAAUGUUACGAUUUUGGAAAAGAACAUGCAAAUGGUUCAUUUGAAAGUUUGUUUUUCCGAUAAUGUUGCGUUCUUAUGCACAUUUAUUUACGCCAAUCCUAGAGAAGAGGUGAGACGUAGCCUUUGGCAGGAUCUUUGUCGGAUUGCUGAUUCUAUGAAUGAGCCCUGGCUUAUCACCGGUGAUUUUAAUGAAAUCGCUUCCCCUUUUGAGAAACGUGGAGGUGCCCCGGUAGAUUUAUAUAAAUGUAACAGAUUUGCUUCCUUGCUUACGGAUCUGAAGAUGAUUGAUUUGAAUAGUUCCGGUUCGAGAUUUACUUGGCGUGGUCCUCGUUUCCUGAAUAUGGAUAGAGUUUUCAAACGGUUAGAUCGUGCUUGCAGUAACGAUUUAUGGAGGGUUACAUUUGAGGAGGGUCAUGUUCUUACCCCUUGCAUUAAGGAGUGGAAUGAGAAGGUGUUUGGGAAUAUUAAGCAUAGGAAGAAUAAGUUGAUGAGAAGACUUGAAGGUAUUCAAAGAGCCAUUUCUGAGCACAAUAAAGAUUAUCUGGAGAAAGUGGAGUGCAAGAUCAAAGCUGAACUUGAGGAGGUCCUUGAUCAAGAGGAGUUAUUAUGGUAUGAAAAGUCUCGAACUCAGUGGAUUAAUCAAGGUGACAGAAACACGAGAUACUAUCAUACAAAGACUAUUGUCAGAAGGAAAAGAGGUAGAAUCGUGGAACUCAAGGAUGAUAAUGGAAGUUGGAUUCGUGAAGAGGAAGGCCUGGUUAAGAUGAUCCGCGAUUUUUAUAUUAAUCUUUUCAAAGAUGAAAGCUGUCAUCGUGAGUGGAUCAAUACUAGAUGGCCUAUUGUUCCUGAGGAAGUCAUGGAUAAAUUAAGGGUGAGUGUUACUAAGGAGGAAGUUAAAAAAGCUUUUUUCACAAUGAAAGGCUCAAAAGCCCCAGGGGAGGAUGGGUACAUAGCUGCUUUUUAUCAAAAGAACUGGAAUCUGGUAGGUGAUCAAGUCUGGAAUGCUUUCCUAGCUUAUUUGGAAAACCCGCAAACCAUUGCUGAUAUUAAUGGUACGAUUAUUACCCUUAUCCCAAAGGUUAAUAAGCCUACAUUGGUUUCUCAAUUCAGGCCAAUUUCCUUGUGCAAUGUGAUUUACAAAGGCAUGAGUAAAGUUAUAGUGGGUAGACUGAAGGAAGUAAUGGAAGCUUUGGUUUCUGAUAACCAAACCAGCUUUGUCCCAAACAGAAACUUGCAGAAUAACAUUAUUGCAGCUAAAGAUAUUGUCCAUUCGAUGACAAAGUUUAAAGGUAAGAUGGGUACUAUGGCCAUUAAAAUUGAUUUAGAGAAAGCCUAUGAUAAGCUGAAUUGGUCGUUUAUUCGUAAGGUUAUCUCUGAAAUACAGCUUCCGUCUUGGAUGGUUGAAUUCAUUAUGGCGUCUAUCACAACUAAUAGUUUCAAAGUGCUUGUGAAUGGGGGCUUGUCUGAAACUAUUAUUCCUGAACGUGGAAUUCGACAGGGUGAUCCAUUAUCCCCAUACAUCUUUGUCUUAUGUGUUGAAAAGCUAUCUCAUCUUAUUGCUCAAAGGGUUGGCAGUGGUGUGUGGAAACCGAUCAGAGUGUGUAGAGGUGGUCCAACAGUCUCCCAUCUCAUGUUUGCAGAUGAUAUUGUCCUUUUCUCUGAAGCUUCGGUGCAGCAAAUGCAGGUAAUAAUGGAGUGUUUAGAUCUUUUUUGCAGAAUGUCUGGUCAAAGUAUAAGUGUUCAUAAGUCUACCAUUUAUUUCUCUUCCAAUACAUCUGAUGCAACUGCAAAUGCAAUUUCUGCGCUCUCUGGGUUCAAAAGAGUCAGUAGCAUUGGUAAAUAUCUGGGCUCUUUUAUCAGGCAAGGGCGAAAUUUGAAAUCAAAUUAUGCUGAUCUAAUGGAUCGGGUUCGUAAGAAACUUGAUGGAUGGAAGCAUCAAAGUUUAUCUUUUGCGGGGAAAGUCACUCUGGCUAAAUCAGUGAUUGGUGCUAUUCCCUCUUUUCAUAUGCAAAAUGGUCUUCUUCCCACUUCUGUGUGUGAUGAGAUUGAACAGCUUCAACAGAACUUCAUUUGGGGUAUUAAUAAAGCUCAUUUAGUGGCUUGGGACACAAUGUAUAAGCCGAAGGAAAUGGGAGGUCUUGGUAUUAUCAGAUUGCGUACUCAAAAUGAGUCUUAUAUUCAUAAGUUGGCUUGGAAAAUCUUAACUGACAAGGAGGAACUUUGGGUUAAGAUUUUGAGAGCCAAGUAUGGCAGAGGUAAAGAUUUGAGGCGUGAGAUAAGCUCUAAGCCUUAUGAUUCUAAACUUUGGCGGGACCUUUCUAAAUGUUGGAACAGUUUUUUAGCCGGUCUUCGAUGGGAGGUGGGUGAUGGAGAGACUAUUAAAUUCUGGGCGGAUAAUUGGUUGAAUCUGGAUGAUAAUCUUUGUAAUUUAGCUCCUAAUCACAUUCCUGAUCUGGAAUUGCAUAGAUCCAUUGCUGAGAUCUUUCAGCAUGGUACCUGGGAUGUUCGAUAUUUGAAGCAAUUCUUAAAUGAUGAGCUAAUCUCUAAGGUGUUUUGCGUUCCUGUUGCUUUGGAAGAUAAUACUGAGGAUAAUGAAGAAACUCUUAUUCAUGUCCUUAGAGAUUGUUCUCAAGCCAAAAGAUUGUGGAUAGAUUGGUUUGGGAGAAGGGUCCCCAACGAUUUCUUCACAUUAGACCUACAGCCUUGGCUCAUAAAAAAUGUGAGUAAGGGUUGGAAUUAUCAAAUUCAUGUUGAUUGGAGAGAUAUUUUCUAUACUACUUGCUGGAAUCUUUGGAAUUGGCGUAAUCAUCAUAUUCAUGAUGAUAGUUUCCGAAGGCCAAGCAAUGAUAAGCGUGUCAUUUCUGAUUUUAUUGCGCAUGUAAUUGAAGCUAGAGGUAAGAAUAGAAGCAUUCUUGGCAGCUUCCCUAAUGCCCAUCAGCCUACUAAAUGGUGUCGUCCUGAACCUGGUCGGUUGAAGAUUAACACAGAUGGUGCUUCUUCCUUAUCUAGGCAGCAUGCUAGCUGUGGAGGCCUUGCUAGAGAUCACAAUGGUGCUUUUCUGGGUGGUUUCUCUUUCAGAUUAGGUUUCUGUAAUCCUCUUGAUGCAGAACUCUGGGGUAUCCUCAAAGGCUUAGAGCUGGCUUGGGGUACUGGUGCUAGGAGAGUGGAGUUGGAAUGUGACUCAGAAAUUGCUCUUAGCACUAUCCAAGAAGGGAGCAAUAAUCACAGAAACUCUCAGGUUGUUUCCCGUAUUCACAAAUGGCUUGCUGAAGAUUGGGAUGUUUGUUGGGUCCACACUUUUCGAGAAAAUAACAGAUGUGCUCACUGGUUUGCUUCUAGGCAUUUUGAGGAUGAUAAUAAUCUUAUUGUUUAUCAUUCUCCUCCUUCUCCUUUGUUAGAGCUCCUUCUUCAGGAUGCUUCUGUAGAUCUUUUAAGUUCUCGCGUCGUGUAA